ACAGACCCUAUCCUGCUUGGGUCCGAUGAACCUAAGCCACACAAUUCCUGGGAGGCCCUCUGCACUCUUGUCUACAAGGGUCUCCCUAACACUCAGGUCUCACAGCUCAGCGGCUGUGAAUUUGAGGACUUAUUUAUCUUGAUCUCUCUCUGACAAACGAAUCCAGAUGCCGUGGAACCCACUGAGAACACUAACUGGAAGAUGGCAGGCUUGGCAAUCACUUCUGGCUUUUUGAAGUUUGAACUCUCAGACAGAGUAACCACUGCCCACAGUGCUAGAACAUACCACAGCCCCUCGACAUCCUUCCUACUGUUCACUGCCUCAGAAGUAAUUUUGGUUGCUGUCGUGACUCUGCUAGGCCUCCUUUUCCUGGUUAUUCUGAUAGUAAGAUGGUCACGGUGUAGAAAAAAUGUGACACAAAUCUCCAGAGUCAACUCAGAACAAUGUGCUGGACUUCUGGACAAUGAGGAUGGUAUCGCCUCUGCCAGACGUAACAAAGCACCAUCUACUACUUCUCUGGGAAGACCAUCUGUCAACCCCGUGGGGGCACAGUCAACCAGCUCCAUGGGACUUUCACGAUCCAAUCCUGAUAAAACAAGAAGCAACAAGGCCGUUGGCGACCCUAUGUCUGGCAACGCAGGACACAUCACUGGAACCAUUGGACCUAUAAUGCAAUUCUCCGCGCCUAUCCCUGGAGCGACAGGGCCUAUCAAUCUGUGUCAGAAAACCUUCGUGCAAACUCCUGGCCCUUUUGUGCAACUUGCAGAACAAGAGGACCCUUCAGAGCUCUGCAGCGCUGCUGGAUCCAACUAUGCAGUAAAUUCUCAAGCGAUGGGUGGACCACCUCCAUGUGCCAUCAGUGGUCGGUCCUCAUCGGUGCCCAACUGCCCCUCUGCAACGCCCAUAAUAAUUUCACAGAGAACCACAACAAGACCCGGACCACCUGUAAUACUGAGGCAAGACCCAGCACUAGGGUGCCCCAGAUUGCACGAGAUUCAAAGAGUUCUGCCCCUGUUGACUAAAUGGAGUGAAACUGGCAAACACAAGUUAGAGCUGGUUACUCCCGUGAUUUUUGUGUUUGCACCGAUAGGCUCCGUUGACAGUUCCGGAAAACUCACACUUCCUCCUAUGGUUCUAUUCCCAGGUCAAAUAUGUGGAGGAAUUACCAGAAAAUCAGAUUCCAAAGCCCAUAUGGUAAAAUAUGGAGGAGGCGUACCCUGCCCAGACUUCAACAAGGAGUCUCUGAGGAAGAAAAUGCUGGUAGGUUCUAACGACUCCUUUACAGCACUGCACAAAAGAGAGAUGAAACGCAGAGUCCGGAGCAUCGAGGGCGCGAGAGGCAGGUCGUGGCGGGGCGGCAGAGGCUGCUGUGACCCCGACAUCAGCAGGGACAACUACCUGUGCGAGGGCGAGGCCCACGUAGUCGAUCAGGUGGGAAUCACGAGGAGACCCGAAUCUCUAAUCUGCUGCGAGGCAGAAAUCCCACGAGCACAAGAAUCUCAAGUAAGGUUUGACACAGGAAUGGAAAAUGAAUGCGCACCCCAAGUUGUAUGGUGUGAACCGCCAGCUCCCAGAAGAUGGGAAUGUGUGAACAGGAAGAACGAGGAGGGCAUAUUGAGGAAACAGGAUUCACGAAUGAGAGCUGAAGACGGCCCCCCGGUCACAUGGCAACCCCAACACACGAGAAAUGUUUCACCAAGGAGAGCUGAGGGAGGCCCCCCGGUCACACGGCAUCCCGAAUACACCAAUAAUGCUGCUCCGCCUCCUGCAGCACGGCCUCCCCGAAGAGAAGCCCCAGCAGAGACACCCACAGCGUGGCCACCCCAAGGAGAAGCCCCAGCAGGGACACCCACAGCGUGGCCACCCCAAGGAGAAGCCCCAGCAGAGACACCCACAGCACCAUCUGAAGCAAGUCUUGGACAACAGGGGGAAUACCCCAUGUAAGGGAAGAGUAAGAAGAGGAGAGAUGGGAGUGGAGAAGACUGAGAAAGACAGGGCAAAGCCGAGCUCCCACUGUGACCUUCGGGUACAAGUUGAGUCUCAAUCCCAGUGGAUCAUGGCUAUAACAUCCAUUUUCUCUAGACAUCUUGAUUUUCUGCUAUUCAGAAGUUUGCCACCACUAGACAUAUCCGCCACAAACUCCAUCCUCCAAACUCUGCUUUAGAAGUCAAUAUACAUACAAUCCAAUGAAGAAAGACGGUGUUUUCUGAAAUAAAAUGUCUUUACUAAAUAU